AGGUAAUUCACAGGUGAGUCUCCUAACGUCAUACAGGAAGUGGACAAAGGGACGUUGGAGUUUCUGCUGCUGGACAGGUGCAGGAAAAGUACGGACAUUAAUUGAUUCAAAGGGAAACGUGAGACACAGCGGAGAGAUGUGUACUUUUGAUAAAGACAAAGGGCCAAGGAGGCUAAUGAAAAAGGGAUUAACUCUCAUCCUGGUCGGCCAUAUUAACUUCAUCUUUGGAGCGAUUGUCCAUGGCAAUGUCCUUCGCCACAUUUCCAAACCCAAUCAGCAUAUCUCCACUGAAUACACUGUAGCCAACAUCAUCUCUGUCACCUCUGGCCUGCUGAGCAUUGCUUCUGGGAUUAUUGCCAUUGUGGUGUCGAGGAACCUGCAUGUGAUAAAACUGCAAAUAGGACUUCUAAUUGCAUCGUUCCUGAAUGCCCUGCUCUCAACAGCAUGUUGUAUUGGGCUCCUUUUGGCCAUUAGUAUCACAGUUGCUCACAAUGGGCAGCCUUUGAUGCUGGGAUGCAAUGACACAAAGGUGCCCAUCAACGCUAGGUCACCUGUCAGUGCCAGGUGCCCGUUUGAUACAACACGAAUAUAUGACACCACCCUGUCGCUGUGGAUCCCUUGUGCUGUGUUGGCAGGGUUUGAGGCUGGGCUGUCUGUCUGGUGCUUCAUCGUUGGAUUGGCUCUCAGAGGGGUUGCACCAUGUGGGAACAGCUACAUCAAAGAGCAGUUGGAAGAAGAAGCUCAGUGUUCUCCCCACAGCCGACGCCUGAUUGGACAGGGCUUGAACCCUGACGCCUAACUGAGCAAAAAAGCAGGAAGGACACCACUCCAUGUUGACAAGCACAGCUAAAUCCCAAAAGGCAUUGCUGCACCUGUAUUGAGACUUGUAAAAUUGUAAAUUUUGCCCUACAGUAAGCUGGGUGAGUGUCACUAUGUAACAAGAGUGAAAUAAGUUUUCAUGCUUUGUGGUUUUAUAUAACCACAUACCCUGAUUCACAGAUGAGUUGCCAAAUGGCUCUUUUUGCUUUCAUUUAUAAACCAAAUUGUUUUAUCUUGUAUCUGAGGCUGUGAGCAGAAUACAGUUAGGUUCAAUUAAUUGCAUCUGCACUUGCUGAAACUAAUGGUAAAUUCAUUUACAGUGACACAUCAAACAAACCUCUGAAAUGUACAUAGGAUCAAAGUGCAGAUGCUUUUGUGCAGAUAUUUGGAUUCAGUGUGCAUCAAUGUGGAAGCUACAAUGAGACUGUAGUUUUAUCAGUAUCCAUCCAUGACUGUUUGGGUUCAAUAGUACCAGAUAUGUCUUUGUUGGAGUUGUAUGAAGGGAGACAUUUUUAUAUUUAGCAAUAUUAUGUUUGAUUAUUUUAUGAAUUAAGGUACAUUUUAGCUUGCAUGAAUUCUCAUUUCAGCAAAACAUUGUUGUUUUGUUCUCAGUAUUUUUUUAUAUUAUUUUUUAUCCUGAUUCAAACCACUCUGUUGCAGUUGAGAUGCAUCCAACAAACCCUACUUUUCAGUGUUUGCCUACAUACUAGUUUAUUGCCCACAAAUAAUCAUAUUUAAUGCUAGCUGCAUAUGCACAUUGGUAAGUUGUAAUGUGGAGUCAUAUAUUGUAAAUUGUGAGAUGUGUUUGCUAUAAAAUACUAAAUUCUCUCUAAUUCUAUGUAGAUACAGUAUUUGGCUUCAGAUUAAAUUAGACCUACUAAAUUGCACUUCUUAAAAAUAGCUUGUAUUGUUAGAUAAUUAUAAGGACAACUGCAGUUAGUGACAUGAUUAUUUGAGUUUCCACUGUGGCUUAAUGGUAGACCAUUGGCAUGUUGAACACACCAUAGAAACAGUAACUGUACUACAUUUCAUAUGUUUGGGGUUUUUUUUACAUUUUGGUCAUUUUUAUUUUUACAUUUUUGUUGACCGUAUCACUAUUUGUCAGCCUUGUGCUAGACUUUAUUAAAUUUUGUUGUUUUUUUUAUCAUAAAACUUUUCUUUAUAUACAUCUUUGCUCCUUUUGCCUUUAGUAAGAUGGAAAAAGGCACAUUUCAAUCUGACUCUGUGUGGACCCAGGGUUACACUAGCUCUCAUUUAAAGUUCAGAUUGCUAAAAUGCAGUGUCGUGAAUAUUAAAAGGAUGUUUGUAGAAAGAUGCUCUGAACCCCCUGAACUGAAAAUAAUCUGUACUGCAGCAUAGCUGUAGCUGAGUGCAUUUGUGUAUGUACAGUUUACUGUGGUUGAAUGUCAAGUGGGGUCAUAUUAAGAGGUUAAACCAGUAUGUAUGUAGGCCAGCUGUCUCCCAGCUGACACAGACCCCGCCACAAUUUAACAACAGAGAAGAUCAGAUCAGCCAUGAAACAGUUAAUCUAGUGCUGUGCUCAAUUGUGUGGAAGGAAAUCCUAAUCCUGAGGCUGUAAGGGAUAAAUAUUGACACAGUGUUGACUGAUACAAUCACACCAAGUCUGCUCAGCCGUUUCAGUCAGCAAGACAUUGAUCACAUGGUAGACUCUUGAAAUUUGUUUUGGACAUCACAAGAUGAUUAUGAGGCAAGAGGUAGAUGUGUGAUAAGAUAUUACAGACUUAUUGUGGUAUCGGACAAAUUUACUUAAGUCGUACAUCAGGCUAUUGUAAUGAUGAUUUGGCAUUAGUAAUGGGUCUCCCAUAUAUAGGAGGUUUAUGGAGAAUGCAGUCCAUUUAUACAUUUUAUCACAACACAACUUAUUUUUAAUUCACUAAUCAACCUGCUAAAAUAACAUUUGCAAAUCACUUAUUUGUUGGUAUUUGUUAUUACUUAGAUAAGCAGGGAUAAACAAGCUUGUGUUAUUUUCUUGAAAUUGACUGAAUUGAAAAAUGACAUUUAAUUCAAACCUUGACUGACUCCCUCUUUUUGUUCUCUGCCAUUAAACAUAAUGAAUCCAGAGCAAAAUAAAACGUGGCAAUUAGUGUAUAUCCUCAAUACAUUAAAAGGUGCCACAAACUGUUGUUGGAGAUAAAAAAAAAAAAACAUAAUUUUAAUUGAUUUGAAUUUAUGACUGGCAUACUUAAAGUGCACUUAUCAAGCUACAAGUAAAAUCAAGAACUUUUAGUGGUAUCCAAACAAGGGAAAUUUAAACUCUUGAAAAAACUGCAGCAGGACAACCCAAUAAAACAUAACCAGUGUCCUCAACCAUCUUUUCCCCUGAUUUAUUCAGCCUAGCAGUAAACUCUCUAACAGGUGUCAAAAGUGUGCAUUUUGUAACAUUGAUUGCCUGAUUGGAAAAUGUGUAUGUUCUGUACUUUUUAUUAUGUGCUGGCAGUUUUAAUAAAGAUUUUUGACAAUGUUA